AGCCUUUACACUUAGUAGUAGAUCUAAGUACGUGUAGAUGGCGUUCACUUGACACGAGUAGGGGCACAUGGUAGAGUGCGCGAGUGUGCGAGCCGGUGUCUGGGCAAGGGUCCUUGUGUCCUCGUGUGGUCUUAGUUUCAAGAUCUGUAAUGAGACUAAUUUUUCGAAUAUUCUGAAUCGUUUAGAAGAUUGUAGUUCGUGCCUAAUCGUAAUGCAUUCGUUGUUGUAUAGGAAAGACAAUGCUCAUGAAGACAGUAUUUGGAGUUGUGCUUGGGGAAGGCUGAAGAAGAAGAAGGAUGAAAAUGGUGAUGCAGAUGGUGAGGCAUCUAGGGAUUCCAUUGCAUCUGAAGAAACAGUUGAUUACAUUGUUACUGGUUCUGUGGAUGAUCUCGUGAAAGUAUGGUUAUUUAAAGAUGAUAGGGUUGAACUUAAACACAAAUUGGAAGGUCACUCGUUGGGAGUGGUUUCUGUUGCCAUAAAUUCUGAUGGAACAACAUGUGCAUCCAGUUCAUUAGAUUCCAGCCUUCGCCUCUGGGAUAUAGAAUCAGGACGGAAAGUGGGAAGUAUUGAUGUUGGUCCAGUGGAUAUAUGGACUGUUGCAUUCUCUCCCGAUGACAAAUUUAUCAUAUCUGGAAGUCAUUCUGGAAAAAUUAAUCUUUAUGGUGUGGAAUCAGGAAAACAGGAACAAACUCUUGAUCCUAGAGGAAAAUUUACACUUAGUAUAGCAUAUAGUCCAGAUGGUAAAUAUAUUGCCAGUGGAGCUAUAGACGGCAUUAUCAAUGUGUUUGAUGUUGCAACUGGGAAGUUGGUACAUGCAUUAGAAGGUCAUGCUAUGCCUAUUCGUUCUUUGUGCUUCUCCCCGGAUUCUCAAUUGCUGUUGACAGCCUCUGAUGAUGGUCAUAUGAAGUUAUAUGAAGUGCAGCAUGCAAAUGCUGUUGGUACUUUGUCUGGACAUGCAUCAUGGGUUUUAAGUGUUGCAUUUUCUCCUGAUAAUAAACACUUUGUUUCAAGCAGUUCAGACCAUACAGUUAGAGUGUGGGAACUGAGUAGUAAACAGUGCCUUCACACUUUUACAGAGCACACUGACCAAGUUUGGGGUGUGAAGUACAAUCCAGAUGGCAACAAAGUGGUAUCUGUCUCAGAAGAUAGAGCAAUUAAUAUAUAUGAUUGUCCUGUGUAAAUUUGGGCUGUUUUCCAUCAACUAUGAACUUGAGAAUAUUUUUGUGCUCUAUUUGAGUUUGGUCUGAUGUGUUGCAUAUGCUUUUUUUUUCCAUAUAUAUUGUGAUGACAAGGAGUAAAUCUUAUUCAAGGAUCUUUUCAAUUUGCAGCACAUUUUGAGAUCUUAUCAGCUACAGAUAAGACAGAUCAUUCAUAACAUCAUAAUAUAAUAAAAAUGUCAAGAUUGUCCUUUCAUUUGCUGGAUAUUUGUAUUAUUUAAUAUUUGUAUGUGUUAGUUUGAUGAGAAAUACAUUAUAUCUGCUGCUGUCAAUGUACAUCUUUCUGUCUUGAAUGUGUAUUUUACUCUAAUUGUUUAUAGAACAUCAAUAUGUGUAUUUAUUUAUUUAUUUUUUUGUUUUUAAUAUAUGCUUUUAAUGAUGAAGUAACAACCCUGUCACAAUGUGACAAAUUAUGUGAAAGGGAUUGCUCCCCAAAGAACUUCUUAGAAAGUGUAUUUCUAGUUCAUAAGCAAAAUCUUGUCUCUUUCUAAUAUGCUAAUUGUUGACUUCCAGUAGACUUAAAAAUGGAAUUGUUUAAAAUUUAAUAUCUAUUUUAUUUAUUGGUCUUGAUGUCAUGUAGAAUUCCCCAUGUACAUAUUUUGUUCCUUCUAGAGAUCAAAUUUUCAUGUAAUAUGCUACAACAGCGCAUAUUUUAACUGCUCACAUAAUUUCCAGCUCAUCAUUCAGGCAAGAAAGGAUAAUUCCACAUAUAACUUGAUCAUCCAGAAAUAGAGACUUAUAUAUUUCGCCAGAUGUAUAUCACUCUGACUCUGUGAAGCCCAAAUACUUAAAAUUAUCACAUAAUUGUAUUUUAUCAUUUCUAAUCUACAGAUCAUUUUC